GCCAGGGGAAAUUCGACUCCUUUCGGCCCCGUUGUGAAAACAGGACUCUUACUUUAAAAGGGGCUCCGAGAGGAGGGGGGCUUCAUUUCCUGAUAGUUAUUUACUUUAAGGCAGAUGAUUAGUUUGGGGGUAGGAUGGACUGUAACAUUGAAUCAAUUACAAGUCUCUGUGCUUGAAGCGCAUUACGGAGCGCAGCCGUGGACGCGGACGGAGCAGCGCGCAUAUGGUACCGCUCAACUCUGCUCGGCGGAUUACAACUGCAACAAACCGUGGAUCCUUUUCAGAGGACAGAGGAAGCAUUUGAAAGAGAUUUUUCAAAUUUUACAAGCGCUUUCUUUAAUUGAGGAAAACAAUCAAAAGGAAUUAAAAGCAAAGAAGGCCGUCCACCGCCAGUAUGACUGUUGUGAAGACAUAUUUCACCUUUGUGGCUUUAUCGAUGCUGUCAGGUCCACGGACCGUCAUCUCUUCCCCUCCGACCAUCGUUUCGAACCAGAAUGAGUUUGUGGUGGAGCCACACUCCAUAUUCAACAUCAGCUGCACCGGAAAGCGGGACGUGGACUGGCAGGGCCCGCUGCCGCACAACGUGCACCUCGUUCCCGGCUUUCACACCGCCACGCUGUUCAUCGAUGACGCAACGGCCGCAAACACCGGAUUCUUCACCUGCAUCUACGUUACGCCGGAGGCCGACGCCGGCGAGCAGGAGGCCGACAUAUACGUAUUUGUUCCAGAUCCGCGCCAGCCCUUUGUGCCGGAGGUCCCGUAUAAUACGCACGUGGUCGCUGACGAAAACGGCACGAUCAUCCCGUGCCGCGUGACUAACCCCGAGUCCCACGUGAUCUUGAGGAGCGUGGACACCGGUAUGGAGGUGCACGGGCUGUACGAGAAAAAGCUGGGCUUCGUCGGGAACUUCUCGGCCGGAUCCUACGUGUGUCAAAUCACCACUGACGGCAUUACAGCUGACAGCAUCACUUACGUUGUGGACUAUAAAGAGAGUGCCGACUUCCACAUGGACCUGAGAGCCAGCAGCGCCUCUGUCAGGGCAGGCGAGACCCUCAGCGUCACCUGUGUAGCCCCUGCCGGCCAAAUUUACCACCAGCAGUGGCUGCACCCCCGCAAACAGGCAGUGGAGGCAGAGCAGACGAAGCAGGAGGUGGGAGAGAGUGUGCUCUACACUCUGACCGUCCCCCGAGCCUCUUUGCAGGACAGCGGCGUGUACGAGUGCUCCGUCACCGACGUCCUGAGGGACCACACGCGCACCCAGAGAGUGGCUGUCACUGUCUUCCCAGAGAAUGCCUUCAUCACCCUGCUCCCCCACAUUGCGCCGCUGGAGUUUGCCAACCCGCUGGAGGAGAAAGCGUUCGUCGUGCACAUAGAUGCCUACCCUGCGCCCAGAGUCAAGUGGCUGAAGAACAACGCGGUGCUCGACGAGAGCAGCCAUUCAGUGUUCACCAAAACCAGCAGCCUGGACGGGAACAGGUACCAGAGCACUCUGACUCUCACGCGCCCCUCAGUGGAGGACAGUGGGAACUACAGCAUCAUUGUAUCCAAUGGCAACGACCCCCUGGACCAGCACAAGAGGAGCUUCUCCUUCUCCUUGAGAGUAAAGGCUCCCAGCCCCAUGCUGCAGCCCCUGACGGCACCUGAGAUCAGCCCCCCGCUGCUGGAGAUGGUGGUGGCUCUGCACUCCUCCUUCCAGCUGCGCUGCAGGGGAGAAACGGAGCUGUUCUGGGAGACGCCGCUGGACCACACUGACAUGCUGGAGGAGGCGGUGGAGGACAACAGCGGCCUGUUCGUCACCUCCAUCACUGUGGAGAAUGCCACCGCCACCCACACAGGGGCCUACGUCUGCUACUACGCCAACAGGAGCACCGAUGAUGAUGAAGAGAGUGAGGAGGAAGAGCAGAGCUCCAUUUACAUCUACGUACCAGACCCAAAUGUUCCUUUUGUCCCAUCGGUGAUCCCGUUUGGGAACCACGUUCUGACCGAUCACGAUGAGAUGGAGAUCCAGUGCCGCGUGACGGACCCGAGCGCCAACGUCACUCUGAUCAAUGCAGACACGCAGACGCUGGUGCCCAGCGUGUACGACAGCAAACGCGGCGCUGUCGGCCUCUUCAGCCCGGGAACCUACGUCUGCAAGGCCAGCAUCGGUGGCCAGGAGCACCUGAGCGAGGAGUACAUCGUCCACGGCUGGACAGGAAGCUCAGGGCUGAAGGUGGACCUGAAGUCGUCCCGGGAGGCACUGUUGGUGGGGGAGAGUCUGGAGGUGACCUGCAUUGCUCGGGGCAGUGAGAUGCUGGAGGACCAUUGGAAGUACCCGGGGAAGAUGGCAAACCGCGGGGUGAAGACGGUGAGGGAGAAUAAGAAGGAACAGGAGAUCCGCUACACACUGAGCAUUGCCCACGCCUCCGCCAAGGACAGCGGGGUCUACGCCUGCUCCAUCACUGACAUCAUGAGCAGCGACAGCCAGACCAAGGAGGUGAUGGUGACAGUAUAUGAGAGGGAGUUUGUCUCCCUGGACCCCAUGUUUGCGCAGACGCAGUUCGCCGAGCUCGACGAGGUCAAGGAGUUCACGGUCAACCUCCACACCUUCCCGGCUGCCCAGGUCACCUGGUUAAAGGGUGAAGCUGUGCUGAGUGAUGUCAGCGCUGAGAUAACGAGCAGCCUGCAGAAGAUCAGUGAGACCAGAUACCGGAGCACUCUGAGGCUGAUCCGGGCCAAAGAGGAGGACAGUGGGAACUACACCAUCAGGGUAGAGAAUGGGAACCAGACGGAGACCUUCAACUUCACUCUGCAAGUGAAAGUGCCGGCUGUGAUAGUGGAUCUAAUGGACCUGCAUCAUGGCUCUGCCUCUGGUCAGUCUGUUGUCUGCAUUGCUCGGGGUCUGCCGACCCCAGAGGUGGAGUGGUUUAUCUGCAGCAACAUCAAGCAAUGUGCCAAUGACUCCUCCCAUUGGGCCUCCCUGCCCGUCAAUACCAGUGAGAUCGCCGUGGAAACACACAUUAACGAGGACAGCAACCUGGAGAGCCAGGUGAUCUUCACCAAGCUGGACACCACACUGGCGGUUCGGUGCCUGGCCAGGAACGACAUGGCGGCGGUCAGCCGGGAGGUCAAGCUGGUGUCAAGCGCCCUGCAGUCGGAACUGACCGUGGCAGCUGCGGUUCUGGUCCUGCUGGUCAUUGUCAUCAUCUCCCUCAUUGUCCUGGUCAUUAUCUGGAAGCAGAAGCCACGGUAUGAAAUCCGAUGGCGGGUGAUUGAGUCCAUCAGUCCAGACGGCCAUGAGUACAUCUACGUCGACCCAAUGCAGCUGCCCUACGACUCCAGAUGGGAGUUUCCCCGAGAUGGCCUUGUCCUGGGGCGUGUCCUGGGCUCUGGUGCUUUCGGGAAGGUGGUGGAGGGGACGGCGUACGGCCUGAGCCGCUCGCAGCCUGUCAUGAAGGUCGCCGUCAAGAUGCUGAAGCCCACCGCUCGCUCCAGCGAGAAACAGGCCCUCAUGUCCGAGCUGAAGAUCAUGACUCACCUGGGGCCUCACCUCAACAUCGUCAACCUGUUGGGAGCCUGCACCAAGUCAGGACCCAUCUACAUCAUUACUGAGUACUGUCUCCAUGGAGAUUUGGUCAACUACCUGCACAAGAACAGGGACAGUUUCCUCAGCCGACACCCCGAGAAAAGCAGGAAGGAGCUGGACAUCUUCGGCCUGGACCCUGCAGAUCAGAGCAGCAGGAGCUACGUCAUCCUGUCCUUUGAGAGCAAAGGCGACUACAUGGAGAUGAAGCAGGCGGAUAGCACGCAGUAUGUGCCCAUGCUGGAGAUGAACGAGGCAUCCAAGUACUCGGACAUCCAGAGGCUGAACUACGACCGCCCACUGUCCCGUAAGCAGAAGCCCCUGAGCGAAAGCGAAGUGAUUGGUCUGAUGUCGGACAAUGGCACAGAUGGACUCAGCACCAUGGACCUGCUGAGCUUCACCUACCAGGUGGCAAGGGGCAUGGACUUCCUGGCCUCUAAAAACUGUGUGCACCGAGACCUAGCAGCCAGAAAUGUGCUCCUGUCCCACGGCAAGAUCGUCAAAAUCUGUGACUUUGGCCUGGCACGGGACAUCAUGCACGACAACAACUAUGUCUCCAAAGGCAGCACUUUCCUGCCAGUGAAGUGGAUGGCCCCUGAGAGCAUCUUUGAUAACCUGUACACAACGUUGAGUGACGUCUGGUCCUACGGCAUCCUGCUGUGGGAGAUUUUCUCUCUCGGAGGAACACCAUACCCAGGGAUGGUGGUGGACUCCAGCUUCUACAACAAAAUCAAGAGUGGAUACAGGAUGGCCAAGCCAGAGCAUGCUUCCAGUGAUGUGUACGAGAUGAUGAUGAAGUGCUGGAACAGUGAGCCAGAGAAGAGGCCGUCCUUCCACAGCCUGAGUGAAACUGUGGCUUCUCUGCUUCCCUCCGAGUACAAGAAGAGCUAUGAAAGGGUGAAUCACGACUUCCUAAAGAGCGAUCACCCUGCAGUGACACGCGUUCGCUCAGACGGCGAUGACGCCUACAUCGGCAUCACCUACAAGAACCAGGGCAAGCUGAAGGACCGCGAGAGCGGCUUCGAUGAGCAGAGGCUCAGCUCCGACAGUGGCUACAUCAUCCCACUGCCCGACCUGGACCCUCUGUCUGAGGACGAGUACAGCAAGAGGAACCGCCACAGCUCUCAGACCUCGGAAGAGAGUGCCAUUGAGACGGGGUCCAGCAGCUCUACGCUGGUGAAGCGGGAGGGCGAGACGCUGGAGGAUAUCGAGGUUCUGGACGAGAUGGGGCUGGAUUCAGGAGACCUGGUGGAGGAUAGCUUCCUGUAGAAGAGAUGCAGCUCCAGACCCCUGCCGCCACCCCUCCCCCCCACCCACCUACCGAGAGAAUAACCACUGAUUUACCCGCCCGUUUAGCAGCAGUGUUUCAGACAGCUCCCCCUAGUGCGCGGAGGUCUAAUGACUAAAGAUGAACUGCGGAAGCAUUCAGGCAGCACUUUGCCUGGUCAGGGGCGGUGCUCCGGGUCUUUGUCGUGCUUUAUGGAGGGACACUAUGCACAUAAGGAGAGGAGAGGCUGAGGAGGCUGGUGCACUGCACCCGUUUUCAUGGGCAUUCCGAUGCAGCAACAUAAGCAAGCACGUAUCGCUCGGCUACGAAGAACAAAGACCUAAACACCAGGCCGUCUCCCUCAGCACUGCGGGAGAGACAGAUGAGGGUGAGGCACUGGGAACCAGCGUAAACCAGCCUCUGUUGUCCGAACAGGUAGCAGGUCUGCUUUAGAGAAGGUCAAAUUUCCCUCACCCCUCACUCCCAUGGAACAGUCUGUCACUGGUACACUCACACCACCAGAACUAAUUAGAUCUAACACUUCUCUGCUCCACAUUCCGGUCUGGUGUUGGUUUAACGAGUAGCAAUACUUAGAUAAAGCACAAAUUAUAUUGUUUCUGUUUUUGUUUUAUAUUUUUUAAUGAGUGGUUAUAUGUUGUCAACCGCUAAAUAAGUGCAGUGGUGAAAUUUAUUUUUUUACUUUCUGUUUCAUAUAAAUAUGUAAUAUUUGUGAAUAUUUUGAGAGUCAGGUGAAUCGGGCUUAAAUGCAGAGUGCAGCUGUCAUAUGUGGAUUUAUUUAAGGCGUAUAUGCAUCGUUAUAACUUAAACCAAAACUUCACAAAUGUUUUCUGGAAGGUACCAUGUAAGACAAAAAAGGCCAUGGUUGAAUACUAUACAACUUUAACCCUUUGUUUAGUAACACACUAUAAAUCAGUUUCCCUUUUUGGCAGAUGCAUCAGACAUGUUUGUUAAUGGCAGUUGGUGUAGUGUACAUUUUUGCCAUACCUUUUCAGAUAAAUACCCAUAUUUAACAUUUAGACAACAUUUAAAUAUUAUUUUGUAUGCAAUUGCAUUUAGCCUACUGUUUCAUAAACAUUUAUUCCACAUUCCAACAUGUUUACUGUUAUCGGUCAGCAGAGAAUAUAAAUGAAUCUACAGUCACGUGUCAUGCAUCUCAUGUGAACCUGAAAAAAAAUGAGAGGAAUUUGAAUUCCAUUCUGAUGUUAGAAUAAAUGACUUUGAUGUGACCUUCAACAUGUGCCAAAGUUCCUACACACAGCACCUAAGGAAUGUUUUCAGAAAACUUUGAUCUGAAACCAAAAAAGGGAAGAAGCAUCAGCUAAAGACAAUCAAAGCUACGCAGUGCUGGGGCAACCAGCGCUAAAGCCACGGGAUUGGUCAGGGCCGAUCAGCUGACACUGUCAUCACUUGUCUCUGAUUGGACCCUCAAGCAGGUUAUUUGCUCUGCAAUGAAUGGAAAGCGAAGACGACUCAGCCAAAUGUGUGAGCAUCCAAACAGCAAGCUGGACGAGGCUUCCUCAGGUUCCUGAGAUUGUGAGACAGGUACACUGUAUGUCUUUAUGCCUAUAUGUGUCAUGAAUCAAAUGUGUCUGGCUGACCAAAAGAGAUCCCUGUGGCACUAAACCCACACAGCAGCCAUUUACAGGCCAAGGUGAACAUGUACAGACAGGGACCUCAUCUGUGGAAAGACUCUGGUGAAAUGUAAGCUGAUGUUAUACAUCAUUGUGUAUAAAUGUAUCCUGUAGUGUGUAGUCUCGCUCUCUCACUGCCACUCCUGUUACCUGUUCUCACCACAGGCAUGAUAAACUGUUGCACUUUUUAUCUCUUUGUUUUGCUUUUCUGAUGGAAGGGUUUCUUACUGUUUGGAAAUGUCUGUUCCUGUGGUGACAGUGGUGUACACACGGGGAAACAGGAAGUAUUAUCAAAGGUACAAUGUUUUGUAAUUAUAGAUAGUUACCCAGUUACAAAUUUAUCCUUUUGUUUUUAUAUGAAUUAUGUAAAUUCAGAUGAUCUAUAUUUCAA